AUGGAGCCGAUACGCCGUUUGACUUUACCCAGCCGCUGUCCCCUCUGCGGGCAAUACACUCGGGCGUACACCACCGUCCGCAUCUCCACCAGCGAAAUGGAAUCGUACUACCACCUGCUGGGGAUGUGCCGGCUGACCGCGUAUCCAAAUGAGAUCAUGCAGCAGGAGAUCCGGCCGCUGCUGGCUGUGGACAUUAUCGAGCAGCUCCAUCGACAGUUCGCCGUCCUCUCAGGAGGGCGAGGGAAGGAUGGUGCUCCGAUCAUCACCUUCCCAGAGUACUCAGGCUUCAGCGAGGUCCCGGACGAAGACUUCCUCAAUGUGGUCACCUACUUGACCAGCAUACCCAGUCUGGAUGCUGCUAGUAUCGGCUUCAUCAUCAUCAUCGACCGGCGGAAGGACAAAUGGAGCGCAGUCAAGGCCUCUCUCAACAGAAUCGCUGGUGCAUUCCCAGGAAACCUGCAGCUGGUGCUCGUGCUCAGACCCUCCAGGUUUUUCCAAAGAGCCAUCGCCGACAUUGGAAUCAAACUGCACAAAGAUGAUUUUAAGAUGAAGAUUGUAAUGCUCAACUCUGUGUCGGACCUGCACAACUACGUGGACAGAGCACAGCUGACCCGAGAGCUGGGAGGGCAUCUGGACUACUGCCACAGCCAAUGGAUACACCACAGGACGGCCAUAGAGAACUUUGCAGUGACGGUGAAAAGCACGGCACAGAUGCUGCAGAGUUUUGGCACAGAUCUGGCAGAGACGGAGCUGCCCAACGACGUCCAGUGCACCAAAGACAUGCUGCUGUCUCACACCGACAAGCACAACCAGCUCAAGGAUGAGCUGAAGCUGGCUCUGAAACAGGGCACCACGCUGUUGGGCUGUAUAAAGGAACAAGCGGGGAAGUCUGAGUGCCGCAAACUCAACCCGGACGAGAUGGAAAACCAGACCACCGUGGAGAGACUGCUGGCUCAGUUGGAUGAGACGGAAAACGCCUUUGAACAGUUUUGGUGCAAACAUCACCUGAAACUGGAGCAGUGUCUGCAGCUCCGACACUUUGAGCAGGACUUCAGAGAGGUGAAGGUGUCUUUGGACAGUCUGCUGCUGAGUCUGGGCGAGCUGCCAGACACUGGGGACUGUGUGGUCCGAGUGGAGCAGCUGCUCAAGGAGCUGAAGGCUCUGGAGGAGAAGGCUCAGGUGUCUCUGGAGAAGGCCCAGCUCCACGCGCAGCACGGGGACCAGCUGAUCCAGAGCGACCACUACGCCGUGGACUCCAUCAGGCCCAAGUGUGUGGAGCUCAGGAGGAUCUGUGACGACUUCAGCAACGAGAACCAGAGGAAGCAAGAAGUGCUCACCAAGUCCCUCCAAAUAUUACAGGGCAUAGACAAGGUGAACCAGUGGUGUGAGUCGGGGAUCUACCUGCUGGCCUCUCAGGCGGUGGACAAGUGCCAGUCUCAGGAGGGAGCCGAGUCUGCGCUCAGUGACAUCGAGAACUUUCUGGAUUCUGCUCAGAAGAACCAGCUGACAGAACUGAGGAACCUGCACAACCAGAACGAGAUGGUGCUGUCCGAGGAGCUCAAGGCCAGCGUGCUGAAGGCUCUGAAGCGCCUGGAGGACGUGCAGGAGAUGUUUGAAAAGAGGAAUGUGAGUUUGAAGAGACUGUCGGCCAAACAGACCCGACCUGUGCAGCCCGUGGCCCCCAGACCAGAGUCGUCCCCCAAGAGACCCUCCCUCAGGAACACGCGGAGCACAGGCGGACAACAACCUCUGGCUCGCCGUUUGUCUGAUAACACCAAUAAUGGCAAACCCCCAGUGGACAAUGAUCCCAACAAGAAGAAGAACAUACGCAAAGCCAAAGGAGGCAUCAAGAUUGAGGUGAUGCACGAGGGGAGCCAGGGCGGGUCCACUCAACUGGUCCUGACCAAUGAGACGGAGGAGAGCCUGUCCAACCGCCGCAGACACAUCAUGACGGAGCUGAUUGAGACGGAGAGGCUGUAUGUCGAGGAGCUUCAGAGCAUCAUGGAGGUAAAGGCACAACAAGGCCAUGUCCCAUUUCUUCUCUCUCCUUGCCUUGUCUCCUUAAUAGAUUGUAAAAGGCCAGUAUUACCCUAUUUUCAGAUUUAUAAUGCUAUUUUCUCAUCAAAAAACAUAUCUGGGGUUGUGUUUUGUUUCAUUCACACUAGAGAUGCGCGGAUUGCGGUUACAACCGCGGUAUCCGCGGUUAAUCCGCGGGUCGGGCGGAUGGGAUACUACUCAGAACUGGACAACUCAGAGCUGAGUCACCUCAUCCCCCCGUCGCUGGAGAACAAACGAGACGUGCUGUUUGGAAACCUGCCAGAGAUUUAUGAAUUCCACAACAAGACGUUUCGAGGAGAGCUGGAGAACUGUGCCGAGAAACCGGAGGUCGUGGGAACCUGUUUUCUCAAAAGGAAAGAGGAGUUGAAGGUGUAUGAGAAAUACUGUCAGAACAAACCACGCUCUGAGGUGCUCUGGAGACAGUGCGGAGACUCACUCUUCUUCCAGGAGUGCCAAAAGAAACUGGACCACAAACUGUCUCUAGACGCCUACCUCCUGAAACCUGUGCAGAGGAUCACCAAAUACCAACUCAUGCUCAAGGAGAUGCUGAAGUGCAGUAAAGGCGAGGGCUGUGCUGAGCUGGAGGAGGCGUUGGCCACAGUGGUGGACAUCAUCAAGUCUGUCAACGAUUCAAUGCAUCAGAUCGCUAUAACAGGAUAUGAGGGAAACCUGAGUGAGCUGGGGAAGCUGCUCAUGCAGGGAUCCUUCAACGUGUGGACGGACCAUAAGAAGGGACACAGCAAGGUGAAGGACUUGGCGAGGUUCAAGCCCAUGCAGAGGCACCUGUUUCUGUACGACAAGACUCUGCUGUUCUGUAAGAAGAGAGAGGAGACCAGCGAGGGCCACGAGAAGAGUCCGUCCUACAGCUUCAAACACUCGCUCAAGAUGAGCUCUGUGGGCAUCACUGAGAACGUCAAAGGGGACAUGAAGAAGUUUGAGGUCUGGUUCAACGGCCGAGAAGAGGUCUACAUCAUCCAGGCUCCUUCCAUGGACGUGAAGAACAUGUGGGUGUCAGAAAUACGCAAAGUCCUUCAGGGCCAACUCGAGGCAUGCCGAGAGGCAAGUCACCAAAAGUUUUCCGACAACAUCUACGGAGGCCCCAUCAGGAACGUGAAGAAGAUGGCUCUGAGGCAGUCCGAUUCUUCUAGUCCAGAGAGCGGCUUUAAGAGGACCAACCCCAGUCCCAACACCAGGCAAAAGAGAAGUUGGACACAGCGUCGUCUUCCCUCCAUGGACACCGAGGACUUUGAGACCAUCCCGUCCAGCGCAGAGGAAUCGUCCAACUCUUCAGAGGAGGAGGGCAGCAACAAGAACGGGGACAGCAGCCGUUACCGCGUCCAGCUGACCUACGAGUCCCGUGACCCCCGCGACCUCUCUCUGGACUCCGGGGAGAUGGUGCAGUUUCUGGAGGAGGCGGAAAACGGACAGUGAUAUCUUCAGCGACCUGUGCACAGCAGCGCUCUCUGACUCAGAUGAGAAUGAAGCCAGCACAUGGGGAGACAUUUCUGAGGGACACUGAGAAACCUCCAUGUUUGUAGUUUUUUUCUAUUGGACUACAAGACAAUGAUGUAGCAUUAUAAAGCCUCAAACUCAAAAGGCUGAAUUUUACACACUGAAACUUAAGUAUUGAGUAACCUGCACUUGAAAAUAAGUAUCACCUGUUGAUAUUAAGGACUGUUUUGGACUUUUUACUUCCUGGAAACCAAGCUGGAAUGUCUGCUGCCUGAAAGACCAUUUGCACCAUCUUUCCCCAUAAGAUUUCUCUUCACUUUCAACUUUUUAUCAACCUGUUUUUGUGGAUUCAAAAUAGAGAACUUGGUGGAUGUUUGACGCAAAAUAAUAUUGUCACUCACUGAUAUAACUUAAAAACUAUAAAUUGUUUAAAUCUUGAUUCAAAUGGACAUAGACGACAGUGGAAAUGACUCGAACCAUAAUAGGAUUGAACAAAAUCAUGCAGCAAAAGAAGAUGCCAAAAUUGUUCAUGUUUGUGUAGUUAAGGGGAAGUAAGUAAUUAUCCAUCAAGUAUUACCUGUUAUUGCAAAAUUUAGCCAAGUUUCUGGUAGAGGUUUGUUGGAUUAAAAGCCAAAUAAAUUUUUUUGGGACCUUUUUAGAAUUCAAAAGAUAGAAUAUUUUGAUUGAAAUUCUUAAUUACCACAAAAACAGUGGACAUUUUUUAAUCACACUGAAACAUGUGGAAAGAUAUAAGAAGGCAAAAACGAAAACUGAUAUUAAAACUUUUAAUCCAAGGUUUAAUAGAUUUUUUUUAAAAUCUAGUUAUUUUGUCAAAAUAUUUAAGAAAAAUUCAAAAACUGUUCAAUCGUUCAGACCAUUAUACUAGACCUAUACCAAACCACAAUCUGAAAAUUUGGCUUUUACUUUUGCAAUCAUUUUGUCCAUAUCAUAUCAGAAAUGUUACUCUUACUUCUUCUUAACUACAAUUUCCAAAAACUAUGUUCAUUCAUUGUUACGUUAUGACCGUACAUUACCUCUAUAGGCUGCAUUAAGAAAAAGCCCAGGUUCAGUGGAUUACCUUGUCUCAUCCCCCUAUUUCUAUAAAUGGGCUACAGUUGGGCAUAUCCACCGCAAACGCUGGAUUUUAAAAGGGACUUGUACAAAGCAUACAUUUUUUAAGAAGACUUUUUUUUGCAACCUCUUCCCACUCCUCCAUUCUCCCUCUGUACUUCGUUUUAAUCCAGAUAAAUCUUUUUUUUCCCCCCGCAAACGUCUCAAUUUCAGAUAAUACGGCGCUGCUCCUGUGUGAAGUGCCUCUAAUUGCUGGGUUUGCACCAAGCUCUGAGCCCGAUAUCUGGCCGAGCAGAUAGUGUUUAUCUGCUUCAUCUGUACAAGGAGGAUCGGAGCGAGAUAGGAAA